GGAAACAUUAAAUCUAAGACGGCAUCGCUUUACUACAACUCGCCAGCUACCCGCAGCUGGAACUCCAUCCCGUAUAUGCGUUGCCGUUUGCUUCGACCCCUUCUCACGAACAUGUCCGACAGCUGAUCGACCGCAAAUAAGUCGACCUUGUCUUUUCUCCAAUCUUGCCGGCCGUGGCCGUCCUCGAUUGAACCCAGGGCGUAGCCGUCCCGGCUACGACGACGCACUUUCCCACAACGUCGGGCCGACCCCAUCUACAACUCCGUAUCUGACAUGCCGUCACACGCAGCCGCUCCGAUCCCCAGAGCAUCUACGCGAACCGCCGCGAUGGGCCGAACAGGGGCUCAAAUGUCACGAAUCGAAGUGCCUGUACCCUCGAAACCCCGUCCCUACCGACCUGGCGACGGCCCCCGGCUCGCUCCUCUGACGAUUAUUCCUACCAACGAUUCGGACGCGUUCAUACUCGACAAAUGCGUUCUACCCGACACCACGAUCAAUGGCGAGCUGCGGCUGCAGAUGUACUACGUGGUGGGGUGGCCUGAUCAACCCGCGGCCCGCGUAACCGUCCUCGCGACUAAGAUCUUCGAUUACGUCUCGGCCCGCGCGUUAGAGGAUUUUGAAUACAAGUCCCUGCUCGAGGCAGACAAAGAAAGAGAGGAGGAGGCCCGGACGGAAAAGCGCAAGGCGGAGGUAGCGGAAGAGAAGAUGGCGAACAAGAAGACGGCCGCCAACAAUGCGACGUCCGUUCCCAUCGCCCCCAGCACCCCAACUCGUCACAAGAAGAAACGCAGUCGCCUGAGCAAGGCAGAGCUCCAGACACGCCACCUCUCGAAACAGGCAAGCUUCGGUGGUUCGAGCAAUAUUGAGAUAGCCCUACCCCUUGCUAGGACGUCCGGCCCGUCACUAUCCACGCCGCAGAAGAAGAGGAAGAGGUCCGCCAUAGAAUCUGCAACCGAUGUCGAUUCGGGGGAUGUCGAUCCUGACGAGGCAAUAUACCGACAACUGUACGGAGAAGAGGAUGGCGAUGAUGGUACUGACGCUAUCGGCGUGGGCCAGGCAGGAGAAGAAGAGGAAGAAGACGUGGAAGAAAACGAUAUCUCGCGGCGCGGUCUUCCCAACGCCGCAUCUUCGAAUUCUCGCAUAACAUCCCGCGAAAAAACGUCUUGGUCGAGUAGGAACUCGACCUUACCCGAACGGGCCGGGGGCAAUUCUGGGCCGAGAUCCACAGCAGUCCUUAAGCCAUCCGGACCCAGCAAGUUGGCCUCUAAACCGGCGCCAUCCGAUGACAAGCACUUGACACCGCCUGUUCCCUCCCCCAGGCAAACACCCCCAAGUGCCAGAGGCGAGUCCGUUCCGGCUCGACCUCCCACAUCACAAGCCACGCUAUAUCACUACGGUUUCACGCCUGCCGGCCGUAGUUCUAGCAACUGGCCCUCAUCCUUGCCACCACCUGUCGCGACAGAGUCUCUCCUGGACCGCGAGAAGAGCAGCAGUGCGAAGCAAGAAUCUCGGCCCAAGAAAAAGAAGGCACAAAAACCCAAGGCUCGGGAACUGGCGAGACCCGAGGGUGGGGAGGAUGAGAGAGAAGACGAGGAGAUGGACGAGGAAGUGUGGGUCGUGAAACGGCUGGAAGGCGACAAGGUAAUCAUGACGGAAGACGGGCUGACCGAACGCUACUUCAAGGUACGGUGGGAAGGCGAUUGGCCACCAGACCAAAACCCGACAUGGGAGCCAGAGGGGAACAUCCCGCCGGCGCUGGUGAAGCUGUACCUGAAGAAAGCGGCUAAGCGCAGCCAAGCUACUCCCGGCGGAGGCAGAAACCGGGGAUCUCACAAGAAAUCGCAACAUGCCGUGCCGCCGCCUCUUUUGAGACGGAAGUACUCGAGCGUCGCCGAGGCAUUUGCGGGGGACGACGAGUUGGUGGACGAGCUGCAAGAAGGGCAUAGCUACGGCACGGUGCGCAAGCUGAAGCGCUCCAGUGCGAACGGUCCCGGCGGCGGCUCUGGGGCGGCCGAUUAUAACGACGAGUGGGAGGAAGCGGGGGACGAGGAAGAGGAGAGGUUCGUGGUUUCGGCGGAAGAGAGAAGCAGUCACGGACCUCUCAUGCAGCGAGAGGACCUACGCGCUGUGCUAGAAAGGGACCUGGCGUCGUCGUUCAGCCUCCGUAAGCACUUGGGACCUGCGCCGCGCUAACUGUGUAUGAGCGUGGUGGGUGAUGAUGAGCGCUUCCGUCGGUCGGUGAGGAGAUCAAGCGGAGGGUUAUGUAGCUACGCGGUUGCUGCGCAUUUCACGUCAUCAAAUGCCUAUGUAAUGAUUCCUAAUAUACCUUCUCGCUUGCUGGGCUUGCUGGUGCUAACUGUCGUCGUCGUCUACACCUACCUUGUGUAUAUACUUACGACGAAGGCUCCCUGGAUCUGCCAACAAGGGGCUCCUAUAAAGCUCGCAUAUCACGU